UCUGACUGGAUGAAGGUUGGAGUCCGACCAACAGGCGGAAAAAGACAACGAGAACAAGCAGCAGCGAACACAAACCAGUCUCCUCCGCUCCUCUGCAGACAUGAGAGCUUCCAUAGAAACCAUAAUUCUGCUGUUUUUAUUCUCUAACGCCUGCGGUUCCAACAUCUGCACGUCUCGAGGUGUCACCACUUGUCAGCAGUGUCUGGCUGUACAUCCCAGCUGUGCCUGGUGCUCUCAGGAGGAGUAUGGACGGGGAGGAUCCGGCUCCUCUCGCUGCGACCUCAAACAGAACCUGCUGAAUGAAGGAUGCAGUGAAGACGCCGUGGAGUUUCCCAUCAGCACUCUGACCAUUCAGAGUGACGAUCCUCUCAGCAGCAAGGCGUCCGGUGCAGGAGGCGUCGUCACUCAGAUCCGGCCUCAGAAACUCCGCAUGACGCUGAGACCAGGUGAUGCCAAGCGUUUCACAGUGUUUGUGAAGCAGGUGGAGGAUUACCCAGUAGACCUCUACUACCUCAUGGAUCUCUCGUAUUCGAUGAGGGACGACUUGGCUCGCCUGCGGACAUUAGGCAAUGAGCUCGCCGUCACCAUGCGUCGAACCACGAGCAACCUGCGCAUGGGGUUUGGAGCGUUUGUGGACAAAACCACAUCCCCCUACAUGUACAUGCAUCCUCCAGAGGCCGUCACAAACCCUUGUUGGAGCUUCGGUCAACAAUGCCAGGCCCAGUUCGGGUUCAAACACGUGUUGUCACUGACAGAGAAGGUGACUCGAUUCACAGAGGAGGUGGAGAAGCAGCGGGUGUCCAGGAACAGGGACGCUCCGGAGGGGGGAUUUGAUGCCAUCAUGCAGGCCGUAGUGUGCAAGGACAAGAUUGGCUGGCGUUCGGAUGCAUCACACCUUCUGGUUUUUACCACCGACGCCAAAACUCACAUCGCUCUGGAUGGACGUAUCGCUGGCAUCGUCCAACCCAAUGAUGGAAAAUGUCACCUGGACAAUGACAACUAUUACAACGAAACUACAGUGCUGGACUAUCCAUCCUUGGGGCUCAUGACGGAGAAAAUGUCCGAAAACAACAUAAAUCUGAUUUUCGCUGUCACCAGCUUUGUAGUGCCUCUUUACAAGGAGUACAGUAAACUCAUUCCAGGCACAACUGUGGGAACGCUGUCUGAUGACUCAGGGAAUGUUAUCGAGCUAAUCGAGCAGGCCUAUGCGAAAAUUCGCUCUAAAGUACAGCUGGAGCUCGUUGGAGUCCCAGAGGAGCUGAACCUCGCCUUCAACGCCACUUGCCUGAAUGGAGAGAUCAUCCCUGGAGUCAGAUCAUGUUCCGGCCUCAAGAUCGGAGACACGGUGUCCUUCAGUGUGGAGGCCCAGUUGCGCGGCUGCCCUAAAGAGAAAAGUCGCAGCUUCACCAUCAAACCUCUCGGCUUCAAGGAUUCCCUGGAGGUCACGGUGGACUUUGCCUGCGGCUGUGACUGUGAGGCGACGGCCGAAGAGAACAGUCCGCUCUGCAACAACGGCAACGGCACCUACGAGUGCGGCAUUUGUCAGUGUCAUGAAGGUCAUCUGGGCCCUCGGUGCGAGUGCUCCGUGGGGGACUACAGCCCGUCAGAUGAAAGCAACUGCAGGCCCAAACCGGACAGCCCAAUCUGCAGCAGCAGAGGCGACUGCUUGUGUGGACAGUGUUCCUGCCACUCCAACGAGUUCGGUCAGGUCUGGGGAAAGUUCUGCGAAUGCGAUGACUUCAACUGCCUUCGCUUCAAAGGGGCUCUGUGCUCCGAUCAUGGAAAGUGCAAUUGUGGCUUCUGCCAGUGUGACGCCGGCUGGAAAGGAGAGAACUGUAACUGCUCCACCCGAACCGACACCUGCAUGUCCCACAUCGGCCUGCUGUGCAGCGGCAGAGGCAGCUGUGAAUGUGGCGUCUGUCAGUGCACUCAGCCCGGAGCCUACGGAGCUACCUGUGAGAAAUGUCCCACCUGUCCGGACUCCUGCACCAUCAAGAAGGAGUGCGUCGAGUGUCAGCACUUCAAGAGAGGACAAUACAAUGACGACAACAGCUGCAACAGAAUCUGCAGAGACGAAAUUCAACUGACAGAGAAGCUGGUUUUCCAUGACACAAAUGCGGUGAACUGCUCGUACAAAGACGAGAACGACUGCAUCGUGCACUUCCAGUAUUUCGAGGACGACAGCGGCAAAUCCAUCUUGUUUGUGAUAAAAGAACCAGAAUGCCCCGAGGGCCCGGAUAUCCUGGUGGUGCUGCUGGCGGUGGCCGGAGCCAUUCUGCUGCUGGGCCUCAUCGGCCUGCUCAUCUGGAAGCUGCUGAUCACCAUCCACGAUCGCAGGGAGUACGCCAAGUUUGAGGAGGAGCGGUCCAAAGCCAAGUGGGACACGGCCAACAAUCCUCUGUACAAAGGAGCCACGUCCACCUUCACCAACGUCGCAUAUCGAGGAAACUAGUGGCGAAAGAGAACCAGGAGAAACUCAGGGCUCGACGACAGAGACGGAAUGUAGCAGAAAUAAAGAUGCUGUACAGUCAGGUGACCAGAUACUGUGGCUGAAAAGUAGUUACUGCUGUCAACAACACCACGUAAUGAUUGUAUAUACUGUAAAAUACUGUUAAUAGAAGCCACAGGAGGUUUAUCUGCUCUGUCUUUACACUGUGUAGCAUCCUCUGUAAGUACCGUACACUGAACACACCUUAAAACAGUCAAAUCAGCUCGUCUUUUCAGGUUGACUUGAUGUAAAUACGUGAGUUUUGCUCAUUUCUAGAUCUUGUUUAUAUUUUUGAGACCACUUCUGAACCUAAAAAGAUAAUUUAAGUUUGACUUAAAAUGAUAAGUUGAAUGAACAGUUGAAAAUUUACUCAAUGCAUUGAAUUGAGUUGAUAUAAAAGAAAAACAGACCUUCCAUGAUGCAUUGUUAGUUAAAACUUCCUCUGCAGUGUGAUGUUGGAAACAUGCUGAGAGUCUUAGUUAAAUUAAAUUCUAGUUGUUUCUUUUCCAAAUAAUCAAAAAACUACAAGCACUAAAUUUAAAAAAUUGUCCAAAAAAAACUUUCUAGCUAACAUCCAUGUGGCUAGUUGGUUCAACUUAAUAUUUUAAGUUUAUUUAAUUUGUUUUAGCAAGUUCAGUUAAUUUGAUUUAGUCAGUUUUACACUUUUACAGUUCAUAAGAUGACUUAAAAUGAAUUAAGGCAGCAGAAUUAACUUAAAUAAAAUGAGUUGGAUGAACAAACAGUUAAAAAAUUCCCUCAACUCAAUAAAUUAAUGAACUUGCUAGACAGUUCAAACUUCCUUUUUUAUUGUGACUAGUUGGUUUAACUUUAUUUUUAUGUUUAUUGAGCUUGUUCUCACAAGCUUAAUUUAAUUUGUUUUACACUUUUACAGUUAUCAUAACAUGACUUAAUAUUGAUUAACCAGGAAAUUAGUUCUUUAAUAGAAACCGUCAUACAGUUAAGACCAAGAAAAAACAAAACAAAACUAGAAAACAAAACUAGCUUAUAAACAGACUUGUUAGACAGUUUAAAUUCCACAAGGACUUGUUUCAGAAAACAGACAUGGUGGAAACUUGUUGUGUAUCUUGGUUAAAUUAAAUUCUAUUGUUUCUUUUCAGGAUAACUUUAGCACUAAAGUCACCGGUAGACGUUUAAAUAAUCUCACUGUGACGCCUCACAGGUCGUCUUUGUUCUGACUCGGGUCAAAAAUGGCUUCAACAGCUAAAGAAAAGACUGUUUAAAAUUAGAAAAUGCAGAAGUAAACCAAAUCUGCCACCAGACUAUUUGAUCCAACUUAAUAUUUUAAGUGAACUUGUUUUUGCAAGUUCAGUCAAAUAAAUUUAGUCGGUUUUACACUGAUUUUAGACUAAUUAAUCAACUAAAGUGCAGUUCAUUUACAUUUUUAAGGCAGCAAGGGAGGAACGUGAAAUGAUUUAGAGAGAAAUUCUAUAAUGGAAUGAGUCACACUGUUGGCUUAGUUAGAGGAACUGCAGCUCAGAGUCCGUUACUUCCGUGGUUUUUCAACCUCAACGCUUUUCAACCUCAGAAAUUUUGUGUGAAACAUGUUUUUUCUUUUGUAGAUGAGUGUGAGAAAUUUAGACGUUUUUGACUUCCUUUUUUGAUAAAUCCGAAAAAGUUCACCUAAAAUGAGGCGGUACUGCAGAUUUUUCAUAACUUAUCAACACACGCUUAAAGGGCUUUAAUGCACGUAACCACUUUCCUAUUUUUUCAUGCACAGUUGCAGCAGCAGUGAUGGUUUAAACAAGAAUGCAGCACUUUGUUUAGCAGUGGACUGUAAAAAAAUAAAUGAAAGAAAUAAAAACUGCAGCCUCUGUUGGUUUACUGUGACAUUCAGGUUCUGUUUUUAAAUCAACUCCAUUCUGUAUUUUUUAUUCUUGUUUUAAAACUUGUUUGGAUUUUUUUAUCGUUCAUGUUUUGUGAAUUCAAAGCACCGAUCUGUCCAGCUGCUGUUUUAUUCACUCACUGUUUUGUUCUGUAUCUUUUUUAUUGGAGUAGAUUUUGUUGCACAGCUCUGCAAAUGACCUGAAUAAUUUAAAGACACUUCUUUGAGUGUGUUGUUUUGUGGUUGUAUCAUCCUCUCUCUGGAUGUGGUCUGCAAACUGAGUGCAACGUUUCUUUGACACCUUUUAAUGAUGACGCUGGUAGACAAGACGGAUAAAAAAAAAUCAUUAUUUCACCACAUUUCCGACAUUAAGUAGAAAAAGCAGAACUCUUUCUGUCUUUACCCUGCGAGACGUUCAAAUGGCACAUUUAAGUGCGGAAAUUCAAACGUCAGAGAAGCUUCUGGCCUCUAAUUUCUAAACAUAAAUGCUGAAAAUCAAAAGAGAGACAAUCUUUUGGUGUUGCACAUUUUCAAGCAAGCAGGUCAAGAAUUGGUUCUGUUGUGAGAGGUGUGUGCUCUGUGUUUGCAAAAAAAUAAAAUAAAAAUUAAGUGUG